CUGGUCAUCUCUUACUCAUAGAUCCUUUGGAACUUUGUGCAUCUAGUCAAAAGCCAAUUCAAGUAAAAUCUGAGCUAGUCUCCCACUUCCCCUCUCUCUUUUCUGUUUCAUUAGAUCCUCCUUAAUUCUAAACUACUCUCUCUUUCUCUCGCUUUAUUGUAUCCUCCGUAAUUUUGAACCAGUCUCUCUUUCUCUCUAUUCACAAUUAAUCUCUCUGCAACUACUACUCCUGGAUCUGAAAACUAGAGGUUAUGGAUAUGCCUUCUUCUUCUUCUUCGUCGUCAUCCGCUGCCGCUCCUGCUGAUGAUACAAAAAAGUAAUUGUUUUGGAUUUAUUAUUUUGAAGGUGAAGUUUUCUUGUUUUGAAGGUGGAGAAAACAAACAAGCCAUUGUCAAAUUGGUAACUUGCCAGAGCAUUUGUAACUUUGUGCACAUGCCUAAUUCGGAGAUGGAGUUGAUUGGCUUCAUUCAAGUUUUCAACAUCAUCGUCAUCGCCAUCGGGACUCUGUUGUACAUGUGUUGCAGAUCAUUUUCUUCUUCGUCUCCUGCGGCUGAUUCUGAUGUAGCUGAUUCUGUUGUACCUGAUUCUGCUGCUGAUUCUACUGCUGUUGUUGAUGAUGCUGAUGUUGAUAACCCCCCACAUCGAGAAAAGUAUGAUGUGUUUAUCAGUUUCAGAGGUGAGGACACCCGCCUUGGUAUUACCAGCCAUCUUCAUGCUGCCUUACUUGAGAAGAAAAUUGAAACCUACAUCGAUAACAGACUUCAGAGAGGAGAAGAAAUCAGACCUGCCCUUCUAGAAGCAAUCGAGAAAUCCACCAUUUCGGUGAUUAUUUUCUCACAAAACUAUGCUUCUUCCACAUGGUGUUUGGAUGAGCUUGUGCAUAUACUCAAAUGCAACAACAGAGAAGGCCGGAUGGUUAUACCCGUCUUCUACGACAUCAAUGCAUCUGAUGUACGAAAACAACACGGGAGUUAUGCAGAUGCAUUUGCUCAACUUGAAAAACGUUUCGAUAACAGUAUCGACAAGGUGCACAAGUGGAGGGAUGCUUUGACGACUGCAGCCAAUCUUUCUGGGUUUGAUCAUUCUAAAAAAUCCGGGACGGAGGCAGAUCUAAUUAAGAAUGUUGUCGAUUGUAUUUGGACCAAAUUGAUUUGUGAAUCAUCAUGUGAUUUAGAGGGCCUGGUUGGAAUUGAAAGCCACAUUCAGCAAAUUGAAGAGCUAUUGGCCAUUCAUUCACAAGAUGCUUGCAUCAGUGUUGGUAUUUGGGGAAUGGGUGGUAUUGGCAAGACCACCCUUGCUGAAGCCGUAUUUAACAGACUCUCUUCUAAAUUUGAAGCCUGUUGUUUUCUUAGAAAUGUUAGGGAGAGAGAACAAAAUGAUGGGCUAGAACACUUGGAAAAAACACUUCUUAAGGAGAUAUUAAAGGAAGAAGGUCUAUCCAUGGGAUCAACUUUUGUUCGAGAUAGGCUCAGGCGUACAAAGGUCCUCAUCAUUCUUGAUGAUGUGAGUGAUUCAAUACAACUGGAACGUUUAGCUGGCAAGGGUCUUCGGUAUGGCACUGGAAGUAGAAUCAUUAUCACAAGUCGAGAUAGGAGAACACUUACUGAAGAGGGUAAGAUCUACGAGGUUGAGGGAUUAAAACAGAAUGACGCUCUUCAACUCUUCUGUUCACGUGCUUUCAAGAAUAACAGUACUCCUAGAGCAGGUUAUAAGGAGUUGGCAGAAAAGGCGGUGGAUUACGCGGGAGGCGUCCCUUUAGCUCUUAAACUUCUGGGGUCCUUGUUCUUCAAUUGCAAUAGCAAAGCAGACUGGGAAGAUGAAUUGGACAAACUGAAAGAAUUUCCAUAUGAAAGGCUCCAGAGAGUGUUGAGACUAAGUUUUGAUGGAUUGGGAAGAAAUGAGAAGGAGAUAUUUUUGGAUAUAGCAUGUUUUCAUAAAGGGAAUGAAGUGAAAGAGGUAAGGAAAAGGUUAGCUAUCCGUGGACGCUUUGCAGAGGCUGGAAUCAAAGUUCUCGUUCAUAUGUCUCUCAUAUCAAUUAAGUUAACAUCAAGAUGGGAAAUUAUAGAGAUGCAUGAUCUGCUUGAAGAAAUGGGAAGGACAAUUGUUCAGGAACAAUGCAUUGACGAUCCUGGAAAACGGAAUAGGUUGUUCAAUGAUGAGGAUAUAUAUCGUGUAUUGAAGAGUAACAAGGAAGCUCCAACUGUUCAGGCCAUAACGUUUGAUUGGUCAAAGAUUAAAAAGCGACCAUUGAAUAGAGCAAACCUCAAAGUGAUGUCUAACCUAAAAGUGCUAAUUGUGGAUAGUUUUGUUGCUUCUCUAGACCUUCCCGAUUCUCUUCGUUAUCUUUACUGGCCUAGUUAUCUGCUGGAAUCUUUGCCGUCAAAUUUUUCUCCUGAAAAUCUAGUUGAGCUUCAUAUGCGAUAUAGCAAUGUUAAGAAGCUUUGUAAAGAAGACCAGAUACUGGUGAACUUAGAAGUGAUCGAUUUGAAGCACUCUUGGAAUCUAACUGAACUUCCAAAUCUCUCUGGGAGUCUAAAAGUUGUGAGCAUAGAUCUCUUUGGCUGUACAAGUUUGGUUGAAAUUCCUUGGUCUUUUCAACAUCUUGACAAGCUUACUCAUCUUGAUGUUGGAGGCUGCAUCAGUCUCGAGUAUCUUCCAGAGAUGCCAAGAAAUAUUAAAUACUUAGAUUUACAUAACAGUGGUAUAAAGGAGUUGCCUGAAUCAGUUUGGUCUAACGAAAAUAUUUCUCACUUGGAUAUUACUGGUUGUAAAUACCUUGAGAAACUUCCAAGCAACAGAUGUAAGCUGAAAGUCUCUGGUUGCUUUAAUCUAGAUGGCUGCAUAUCUCUUGGUGAGUUUUCUGAGCUUCCUAGGGAUAUAAGUAAAUUAUCGUUGGUUGGUUGCAAGAAACUAGUGAGUCUACCAGACAACAUUUAUCAGUUGAAAUAUCUCAAGGAACUCGAUCUCUCUAGCAGCUCUGAACUUGAAAACUUUCCAGAGAUCUUGGAGCCAAUGAAACAUUUGAAGUCCUUAAAUUUAAGUGGAACAGCGAUUAAAGAGCUACACUCAUCAAUUGAGUUUCUCCCUGCGCUAAAAAGACUUGAACUACAAUGUUGCAAAAGGCUUUCAAGUAUCCCAAAGAGCAUUUGUAAGUUGAAAUAUCUCGAGGAACUUAAUCUCUCCAGCAGCUCUAAACUUGGAAACUUCCCAGAGCUCAAUCGCUCUAAACUUGGAAACUUCCCAGAGCUCAAUCGCUCUCAACUUGGAAACUUCCCAGAGCUUAAUCUCUUCAACAGCUCUGAACUUGAAAACUUCCCAGAGAUCUUGGAGCCAAUGAAACAUUUGAAGUCCUUAAAUUUAAGUGGAACAGCGAUUAAAGAGCUACACUCAUCAAUUGAGUUUCUCCCUGCGCUAAAAAGACUUGAACUACAAGGUUGCAAAAGGCUUUCAAGUAUCCCAAAGAGCAUUUGUAAGUUGAAACAUCUCGAGGAACUCAAUCUCUCCAGCUGCUCUGAACUUGAAAACUUUCCAGAGAUCUUGGAGCCAAUGAGACAUUUGAAGUCCUUAAAUUUAAGUGGAACAAUGAUUAAAGAGCUACACUCAUCAAUUGAGUUUCUACCUGCGCUAAAAAGACUUGAACUACAAGGUUGCAAAAGGCUUUCAAGUAUCCGAAAGAGAAUUAGUAAAUUUGAAAUAACUCGAGGAACUCAAUCUCUCCGGCUGCUCUAAACUUGGAUACGUUCCAAAGAACUUGGAGUCAAUGAAACAUUUUGAAGUCCUUAAAUUUAAGAGGAACAUUGAUUUUGUACUUGCUAAAUUAGUUGAAGGUGAAAUCUCUCGAGGAACUCCAUCUUACUUUUCCCGGAUAUCUUAGAGAUGAUGGAGCAUUUGGAGACUUUUCAAAUAUAGCGCAAAGACGAAGCUAGAGAUCUGCAUGAAUGGGGCAUCCUCAAAUAACAAAAUCACAAAUUAAAAAAUUUAAGAAUGUACUCAACCAAACACUUGUAAAUUAAUCCAUAAGGUUUUUUAUACAACUUAUUACAAUA